AUGAGCAAUCUAAGUAUGUUAAGAUUAUCGGCAUUACCAUGCUUGGAACAGCUUCCUGCUUCAAUUGGAAAGGUUGAACAGUUGGAGUAUCUAGACAUUUCACUGUGUGAGAUCUUGACAGAGCUUCCAAAGGAGAUAGGAGAACUCGAGAGACUGAAGGAGCUUGAUAUGAGAGAGUGUUCCAGUUUGACGAGGCUACCUUCAACUGUUUGUGAGCUGCAUUCCCUGAAGCUUGAUACCUGUGAUGAGACGAUUGGAAAGCAGUGGUUGCGGGCUAAGAACACUUCAAUUCCUGAGCUUAGUGUUCAAAUUGUGGAGGCACACUUUAGUUUGGAUUGGCUUGAUAUCUACUUCUUUUCUUAUCUCUCAUCUUGA